GUGGUGGCUAUCACAACAGUUAUAUCCCUUGUAGGGCCAGGGGUGACGCCAGGCCAUAACCAUGACCUAAUUGACUACCACUCACACAAACACUGUAGACGGUGUAGACGCACUCGAUCGAUAAGGAGAGAGGCGACAGAGGAAUGUGUGUGUGCUUUCGUAACAACAAUAACAUCUGAAGGAUCUAAUUCUACCAGAUUUCAGUCGAGCUCCCGGAAACGUUACACAAAAUGAGACACGCAAGUCGUGGCAUGCUGUCAAACUUGAAGGCCAUUACAGCCCCAGGUUGUAGAUGUGCAGUUACUACGGCGACACAGCGGGUUGAUCAUGAGGUCGGAAACUCUACUGGUGGAAAUAACCUGAUUGACAUUCCUGGUCCCAAUGGAAUCUACGCACUUUCAUAUAUCGGGCUGCGGUUUCAGUUCAAGCCUUUCAGUAAAUACGACUUGCGGAAGUUUAGCACAAAGAUGGAGGCAUGGAAAAACCAGUAUGGUCCUAUUGUCCGAGCAAAGGUAGGAAACAGAUGGAGCCUGUACCUGUUUGAUCCAGACGACAUAGAGAAGGUGUUCCGGGCCGACCAGAAAUACCCCGAACGCGCUACACUUCCCAUUCUGUCAGUCUAUGAAAAGCGUCAAAAAAUACCACCAAGUCUUGCCAAUACAAAUGGUAUAGAAUGGUACACUAUGAGGGCACCGACUCAGAAGGUCAUGCUUCGUCCCAAGGCAGUGACCAAAUAUGCACCAAAAUUGAGCAAAAUAGCAGACGAUUUUGUUCUUGCAUUGGAAAAUAAAGAUCGCCUUGACAACCUACCAUUCAAACUCAUGGAGUAUUCAGCCGAAGGUGUGGGGAUGUUGUGUUUUAACACCCGCCUGGGCUGCAUCACCCCUGACAACACUGUCACACCUCUGAUGGAAUACACAAAGGACUAUCUGGACCGCCUUGGUAACCAUUUCUACAAAGCCAUUCCGUCAUACAUGUUUUACAAGACAAAAUACUAUCUGAAGUUCGAGGAGGCUGCAGACUACCUCUACAGCACGGCAGAUAAGCAUAUUAACAGGACAUUAAAGGACAUUCAACGAGCUUCCGAUGACAACGCCGAGUAUGAAAGAAACCUCUUAUCUGAUCUCCUGUCAACUCCUGGGCUAACUACCCAACAAGUUCGUCGUACAAUUACGGAUGUUUUCAUUGGCGGAAUUGAUUCUACGGCCAACACCAUGACGUUCCUUCUGUUCCAUCUGGCCAAAAACCAAGACAAACAGGAUCGCCUGUUCAAAGAUCUCGUAGAACAUGUGCCAAAGAUGGGGGAAAUCCAAGAGGACACCAUAAACAAAAUGCCCUACCUCAAGGCAUGCCUGAAGGAGUCCUUCCGGAUGGUGUUUCCUAUUGCCGGAGGUACCUUGCGGAUUUUAGACAAGGACAUCACACUACAGGGAUACAAUGUUCCCAAGGGGACCCCAAUGCAGCUUUGUAGUGGGAUCAUAUGCAGGGAUGAAAACUACUUCCCCCAACAGGACCAGUUCCUCCCCGAGCGCUGGAUUCGUGGGGACACCAGGACGGAUGUGAACCCCUUUGCUCACCUCCCAUUUGGAUUUGGUCCCCGCAAAUGUAUCGGCCAGAGAUUUGCCGAGCAGGAAAUCUACAUAUGUACCGCUAAGCUCCUCCGGAACUACCGUGUGGUGCUGCCCCCUGGUGUUACAGAUAUUCCUUACAUCUACAGCAUAUUCAGCACUCCCACGGAACCUGUAAGCUUCCUCCUGGAGAAACGCUAGGACUAAUAAUCCAGGACUAUAUAUAUACUUGGUUUUUUUUUUAUCAGCUUGAGACUCUAAUAUCAAGUUAAGGACCGGAGACCCACAAACUCAACAACUCAUACAGGGUUGUUACCAAAAGUUGUCUCAUAUUCUGUUUGGAAAAAAAAUGGAAGUAUCUUCUAUGUUUUCAACAUGAUCCGUGUAAAGGUGUAUGCUGAUGGGGGUUUGAUAAAUGGAAGAAAUAUAAGGUAGUAACCAUGAAAGGCAUUGGAAAAGAAUUAAUGUAUGCAGAUCCCUGUAUUUAGGAGCAAGUGAAUACUGUUGGCGCUUUAAAUUUGCAGGGUCAAUAUUUUUGACAGUGACUUCACUCGAAAGAAAAUAAAAUGUGUAUGUACCUUUGUAGGAGUAGACUGUAAUCCAUUAAUCACCUACUGUGUACACAUACAUAUGUUGUGGCCACUUAUAUGUAAGUGUUGUUUUUAUAUGGACUGCCCAGUUGUCCAGUGAUAAUUUGAUUUGAGUUCGUUUUACCGGCAAUAAGCCCCCUCUCGCAAAUAAGCCCCCUCCCCACUUUGGUAAAUGUCCUGGGAACAGGGUGGGUAGCUUGCAUAACAGCAUUGGGUUAUAACUAUUUUCAACAUGUUGGUAUAAGCUCCAUAAAAGUGAUUUACUUUUUCCAUCAUUUCGCUGGUGUUUAGAAUUUGGGGACAUUAGUCAAAGCGAGAAUAUAGCGAAAACUAAACCCCCGCGAAACCACUAUACAGUAAUAGACGUUAAUGUAUAUGAUGUGUUAAAUUACUGGGAUUUAAAAUCUACCACCAUACUCUUUCUGAUAGGAGAGCGAGUUGUUUUGGUAUUGUUAAUAUUUAUCAAGAUUUAUUAAUGAGAUAAUGGGGUACAAUAAGGGUUUUAAUUAUAGCUAUAUUUGAUAUUCCCUGUACUAGUUUAUGACGAACCUCUGAGGAGGCAAAAGUUCUUGGAAUAUAUAUAUAUUUAUUAUUUUGUUAGUGCUUUCUGAAUUAAACUGGCUUUUCACUGAAGAUAAGAGGGUAUUCAAUCAACGAUAAGGUAUACUAAUUUUUGGCUGAACCUGGCUGAACUUGUAACUAUGAGAUUAUUGUUAUUUGUCCGUAUUUUUUUGGAGUAACAUUUUUAUGUUUGUGUCUUGACAAUUUGGCAAAUUAUGAAAUUGUAACAAUAGUGAUAUUAUGCAAGAUAUACAAUGAACUGUGGUUUUAUAUUUAUAAAUAAGUCAAAUUUACUCUGAACUGUGGUUGUGUUCUAAAAUUAGGUCUUGGGUAAAUUAAACUGCUUUUUUUUUUUUACAGAAUGUACAAUAUACUUAGAACAGUGGUUGUUUUAUACCAUUAAUGUCAAAUAUAUACUGAAGAAAGACAAGAUAUAUACAUUGAACUGUUGUUGUUUUUCUAGAAAAUACAAAUAUACAUUCAACAGCGGUUGUGUUCUACUAAAUAGGUCAUAUAUACGUUGAACUGUUGUUAUAUUGACUCAUUGACCCCUGAAGACUCAUUUGAACUCUCCAAUUCAAAGGUUGGAAUAGUUCAUUGUGAAACUUCAGGGGGUUGAAUGAGUUAAGAAGUUGAUUAUAUAAUUAUGUACAUUGAGUGGUGGUUGUAUUCUACCACAUCAAUAAGAUAUAUAUUAAAUGGUGGUUGUAUUCUACCACAUCAAUAAGAUAUACAUUAAAUGGUGGUUGUAUUCUACCACAUUAAUAAGAUAUACAUUAAAUGGUGGUUGUUUCAGGUCAUGGUAACAUUACAAAGAAGUAUUGUUUUAUUAUACUCUGAGAAUCUGUUUUGUUUUAAAUUGUAAAAAAAACUUUUUUUGAUCUGACAUGUAUAAGGAUGCUGUACAUUAUGAUAUGGUGUUAGUAGAUUAGCACUCGGCCUUAUAUACAGGCCGCUAGUGUAUAUCUACUGACCUACACAGGGGUCCGUAACAUGUAACUAGACACAUAGAAUGGACACAGGGUUAAAGUCAGACAUAUAAUAUCCCAUUACAAAUAAAGUUUGUUGUUACAAUAUUCUACCAAAGAUAAUCGUGUGGAACUUGUUUUCACUAUGAUUGACAUUUUUGUGAAUGGUGUUAUUUUUAUGGCUA